GAUGAUCUGAAGGAGAUGCUGGACAGUAACAAAGAUUCCCUGAAGCUGGAGGCCAUGAAGAGGAUUGUGGCGAUGAUUGCCCGAGGCAAGAAUGCAUCGGAUCUCUUCCCAGCUGUGGUGAAGAAUGUGGCUUGCAAGAAUAUAGAGGUGAAGAAGCUUGUCUAUGUCUACUUGGUCCGAUAUGCAGAAGAACAGCAGGAUCUGGCCUUGCUCUCCAUCUCUACAUUCCAGCGAGGACUCAAGGAUCCCAAUCAACUGAUUCGAGCCAGUGCCCUCCGGGUUCUCUCCAGCAUCCGUGUGCCCAUCAUUGUGCCCAUCAUGAUGCUAGCCAUCAAGGAGGCAGCAUCAGACAUGUCUCCCUACGUGCGCAAAACGGCAGCUCACGCUAUUCCCAAGCUGUACAGCCUUGACUCAGAUCAAAAGGACCAAUUAAUAGAGGUUAUUGAGAAACUGCUGGCGGAUAAGACAACACUGGUGGCUGGCAGUGUGGUGAUGGCUUUUGAGGAGGUCUGCCCAGAGCGCAUCGAUCUUAUCCACAAGAACUACCGCAAGCUGUGCAACUUGCUGAUCGAUGUGGAGGAGUGGGGCCAGGUGGUGAUCAUCAACAUGUUGACACGCUACGCCCGCACUCAGUUCCUCAGCCCCAACCAAAAUGAAUCCCUCCUGGAAGAAAGUGCUGAGAAAGCUUUCUAUGGGUCUGAGGAGGAAGACUCCAAGGAUGACAAGGCCGAACCUACAUCACUGGUGAAGCGCAAACCGUACGUCAUGGAUCCCGACCAUCGCCUGCUCCUGCGCAACACCAAGCCCCUGCUGCAAAGCCGCAAUGCUGCGGUUGUCAUGUCUGUUGCUCAGCUCUACUUCCAUCUUGCUCCAAAGGCUGAAGUUGGGGUCAUUGCGAAGGCACUCGUGCGUCUCCUCAGGAGCCACAGUGAGGUGCAGUAUGUGGUGCUUCAGAAUGUGGCCACCAUGUCCAUUAAGCGCAGGGGAAUGUUUGAACCAUACUUGAAAAGUUUCUACAUCCGAUCAACGAAACCUACCCAGAUCAAGGUUCUCAAGCUGGAAGUCCUGACCAACCUUGCAAAUGAGACCAACAUUUCGACCAUCCUGCGUGAAUUCCAGACCUACAUCCGGAGCAUGGAUAAAGACUUUGUAGCAGCUACCAUCCAGGCCAUCGGCCGUUGUGCUACCAACAUUGGCAAAGUCCGAGACACGUGUCUCAAUGGACUGGUCCAGCUGCUCUCCAACCGAGAUGAGCUGGUUGUGGCCGAGUCUGUGGUUGUCAUUAAGAAGCUCCUGCAAAUGCAACCGUCCCAGCACAGCGAGAUCAUCAAGCAUAUGGCAAAGCUGACCGACAACAUCCAGGUUCCCAUGGCUCGUGCCAGCAUCUUGUGGCUGAUUGGCGAAUACUGUGAGCAUGUGCCCAAGAUUGCCCCUGAUGUGCUGCGUAAGAUGGCCAAGUCUUUCACCAGUGAGGAGGACAUUGUGAAGCUGCAAGUCAUCAACUUGGCUGCCAAGCUGUAUCUGACCAACUCCAAGCAGAGUAAGCUGCUGACCCAGUACGUGCUGAACUUAGCCAAGUAUGACCAAAACUACGACAUCCGGGAUCGUGCCCGCUUCAUCCGCCAGCUCAUUGUGCCCACUGAGAAGAGCGGUGCCCUCAACAAGUAUGCCAAGAAGCUCUUCCUGGCACAGAAGCCGGCCCCCAUCUUGGAGUCGCCUUUCAAAGAUCGUGACCACUUCCAGCUGGGCUCGCUUUCCCAUCUCCUCAAUGCCAAAGCCGUCGGCUAUCAGGAGCUCCCUGACUGGCCAACUGAAGCUCCGGACCCAUCUGUGCGCAAUGUGGAGGAAGAGUCCAUUGUCCCACCGGAAAGCCACAUAGGGCUGCUGGGCAAGCCGAUAGAGGUGGUCCCGGAAUGGACUAAAUGCACCAGCCGUGAGAAGAGGAAGGAGAAGGUGGAGAAGCCCUUCUAUUCCGAUUCAGAGGGAGAAUCUGGGGCAACAGAGUCUGCAGACAGUGAGCCAGAGACAAUGAGUGGGUCCGAAAGCGAAAGUGGCAGUGAGAGCGGCUCUGGUUCUGGGAGUGACGACGAAGACGAGGAGGAGGAGGAGGAGGAGGAAGAGAGCGAGGACGAGUCAGAAGAGAAGGAGGGGAAGAAAAUGAAGAGGAAAGAGGCGGGAAGGAAAGGAUCGCUGGCAAGUGGCGAAAGUGAGGAAGAGCUAGAAAGGCAUAAGAAGAAGCAACCACUGGAGGAACGAAAAGGAGCCCUUGAUUCCUCAUCUGAGGAGGGAAGCCUCACCGAGAGCAGCUCAUCAGAAUCUGAGUCGGGGUCUGAAGCGGAGGAACCCCCUCUAGAGAAGGAGGCGAAGAAGAAGAAGAUGGCGCCUCCUAGUAGCAAACCUGCUGCAAAAGCACCCAAGAAAGGGACAAAGGAGAUCUCCUUGCUGGACCUGGAUGACUUCACACCCUCUCCCCCGCAACCAGUUGCCUCAAGCCCCAUAGUCUCCACCAGCCUUGUGACUGACCUUGAGGGGCUCACGCUGACUGACACCUCUUUAGCUGCUGCUAUGAAUAGUCCUGUGUUUGGUGCCGUGAAGACCUACGAGCUGCUGCAUCGCAUGACGGGGGAAGGGCUCUCUGUUGAGUAUUACUUCAGCCGGCAACCUUUUCCUACCGACUCUCACAUGGUGGCUGUACAGAUCCAGAUCUCCAACAACACAGCUGCUGAGGUGAAGAACAUCCGUGUCAAUGAGCCCAAGCUGCUCUCGGGCAUGCGCGUCCAGGAGUUCAAGGAAAUCGAAUCUCUGCCACCUGGUGAAACAGUCAGUGUUGUUAUGGGCAUAGACUUUAGUGACUCCACCCAGGCAGCCAGCUUCCAGUUGUGCACCCAUACCCGCCAGUUCUAUGUGUCCAUCCAGCCCCCAGUGGGAGAGCUCAUGGCUCCUGUUUUCAUGAGUGAGAAUGAGUUCAAGAAGGAGCAAGGGAAAUUAACAGGGAUGAGUGAGAUCACGGAGAAGCUGGCUCUACCAGACAAGUGCCAGAGCGAUCAUGUGAUUGUGCAACAAGUGACAGCUGCAGCUAACGUUGGCCGGGUGCCCUGCGGUUCGGACAAAGAAUACCGGUUUGCUGCGAAGACUGUUAGUAGUGGAAGUCUCAUCCUCAUCACGCUGGAGAAGAAGACAGGCACUGUAGCACAGCUCACCAUCAACAGUGAGAAGAUGCUGAUAGGCACCAUGCUGGUGAAGGACAUUAUCCACUCCUUGACACAGUGACCAGAUGGCUUCUGUUCCUUGUCACACUCAUUUCAGGCAGACACCUGUCCUUCCAUCUUGGCGUACCUGUCUGUCUUCCUGCGCCCGGCUCUCCUUGUCAUGUCUCCUCCCAUUGUUACAUAAAGUAGAGGUUGAGAAUGAGGGAUGGUCCAGACAGGAAACCAUUUGCGAUGGGAAAUGAUGUGCAGCCUGUCUGAGAUGGGGGAAAGAAGUCACCUCAACUGCAAAGAGAGAAGGUGUUCGGAGGAGCUGAAGAUACCUGUGACUUUGGCAUCUUUGUUGUGCAGUGUGCCCCUCCACCCUUUUUUUUUUUGUUCUAUGGCUCUAUUUAUUAUGGGCAGGGAUGGUUCAAUAAAAAUUCUUCCUGGAUAUGGA